CGGAAUGUAUGCAGAUGUUUUUAAUCGUAGAGCUGCUUGCUCUCGUGAUAGCAAUAUGUCAAGCAAUAAGUAUAUCAAGCCGAAAUGUAAAUGCCGUUAACGAAACGAAACAUAGAAAGGCAUAUGCAUUGUCUUUUAUUACACCUUCAUCAUGCUCAAGACAGAAUGGUGCCAUUAUACCCAAACGCUGGGAUGGAACAAGAUGCAGGGAUGUUAAAUGCUAUGGAGUUCCACGAAUGUUCUACUGGCUGCUGGAUAACUUCGGCUCUUUUAAGUCCGGCUUAGAGAAAGUAAUUGAAAGACGGCCAGUGGAUCAUCUAUACAUGGAUAUGAACGCAGUUAUACAUGUCGCCACCCAUGGUAACAUAUCACCCGUAGUUCAAAUGGCAAAUGAACAAAGAUUAAGAAGAAUUACAUCAGCCAUAGAAAUGAUGUUCGAUAUAGUCAGACCAAGGAAAAUGCUCUAUAUGGCAGUAGAUGGAGUGUGCCCAACCGCAAAAAUCAAUCAACAACGUGGAAGAAGGUUUCUUACGUCAAAAAACGUUGACCCUUUAGCUGAUAUAUGCAGCGCAGUGUCAGCAGAAGAUGGAUAUACAUAUAUAGCGAAAAGGUUGCCUUUCGACGAAUAUGAUAAUGUAUCGUUCAAUCCAAAUUACAUUUCUCCAGGUACCGAUUUUAUGAAAAUUGUCGAUAGCGAAAUUUCAAACUGGCUAGCAUUAAAAACAGAAGAAGGCUUCUUUGGAAAAUGCAUGGUGACGUAUAAUGGCGUUACAGUGCCUGGAGAAGGAGAACAUAAGAUAUUCCAGUGUAUACGGAAAAUGAAUAAGGUAUGUAAAAGAUCCAGAAAGGAUGUCCACCUAGUUUAUGGCUUGGAUGCUGACCUCAUGAUGCUUUCUAUGGCAGUGAAAAUGCCAAAUAUCAAAGUACUCAGAGAAGAACGGAACUACGCACCACAUGUAGUCUCAAAAAAGAAAGGUGAACCGUACUUCUCAACCGAUACAGGUAUAGUACACCUACAUAAAUGGGACUUUAUUGACCUCAAAAAAACACAUUUCGAAGUUGCUUCGUUGCAUUCGCUCAGGAAACGUAUGUAUGAAAGAUGCUGGGGGUAUAUCAUGAGGAAAUACGGACCAUCUAGUUCCUCAUUCCUCAACAGACCUGAAGCGCCAUAUCGCAUUACUGAUGAUUUUGUGCUAUUGUCUUUCCUAGCAGGUAACGAUUUCUUGCCAAGAUUGCCUACAGUAGACCUUGCAAAUGACAGCUUCAAACAGAUGCUGGUCACCUACUAUGGACUCAUGCACAAGUGGCAAGGAUUCUUGACCGACGGAUCUAAAAUACAUGUACCAAGGCUGCAAACGUUAUUCAAGUCCUUGGCAAAGCACGAAAUGGAGUGGUUCAAAGAGAAGGGGAUAAUCGAAGGAGUUCCCGAAUAUAGCGACCGAAAACUAUACGCUGAUUACUACCAUGAAAACAAAUGUCAAGUAGAUUCAAAAGCAAACGUAAAGAAAAUGUGUAUAGACUAUAUUAAGGGACUUUUCUGGAUACUUAUCUACUACCACCAUGACUGCCCAAGCUGGGAUUGGAGUUACCGAUACCACUAUGCCCCGUUGGUGUCCGAUCUCGCAGAAGUACCUAACAUAGAGGUUACAUUUAAUAAAGGAGGGCCUAUAACACCAUUGGAGCAUCUUCUGGCAGUAUCCCCGCCAAAUAACACUGAACUCCUCCCUCCAUCAUACAGGAAACUAUCUGCGUCGACAGGAGAGUUGCGACAGUACUUCCCUACGGAAUUUGAAAUAAAUGAAGAUGGCAGAAUUCACGAAUGGGAGCAUGUGGUAAAAUUGCCAUUCGUAAACACACAGAAGCUUGUGAAAGCAGCUCAAAAGGCUAACCCGGGAUUGAAAUACAGCUCCCUAUAUAAGAACAAAAAAGGGCAUGUGUAUGUAUACCAGAAAUUGCCAUAAGAUACAUUGUCUGAUGUUCAAACGGACGGUAUCUGAUACCGCAAUCUUAAGGUCAAUUUACCAGGUACACUAACACACAACCCGUACUGUGUGAGAGCAUAGCAGAAAACUUCAAACUUCCAUCUAAUUAUAUCACAACUAUUGGCUU